AUGAUAAGAGCCACGCUGCUGGUAACGGGUGAAGGGCAGUACCCCGACGGAGCAGAGGAUCGACUCCCUCCACCCGACAGUCCCUACUACCUUGCCGAUCCCUCCCAGCUCUGUGUGCCAGAGCUGGACGAGGAUGACGCCGGCGGCGUUCGUGGCCCCGUCCUCUUCCCGCCACCUCCAAACUGCAGGAUCAGAGAGGUGCAUUGUGGGAAUCAGGUCCGGCUGGUGGUCGUCGCGAUAAGAGACAUCGGGAAGGGAGAGGAGAUAACGGUGGACUACAACCUGGCUGAAUGGGGAGAGAACGCCCUGGCUUUUCAUCGCGCCGUGUCACCGCGGGGGUUCGAAUGCGCCUUCAAUCCAGACAGCAGUAUUAAAAAGGAAGAAGACGUUGCUCCGUCUCUCCCUCUGUCCCUGACCGUGUCGGACUACCUCACGCCCUCCUGGUCUCUGUCUCCUUCCUCCUCUCCGCUCUCCCGCUCCGAGGCCAGCGACUCUGACCGGGAGGAUGAAGAGGAGGAGGAGGACGAGGAGGAAGAUGACGAAGAUGAGGACGAGGAGGAGGAGGAGGAACUCGAGGGCCUGAGGGGGUGCAUGAUGCGGCGGCGCAAGAAACGGAAAACGCCCGACAGCGCUGCGAAGAAGAAGCCGAGUCCGCUGUCCUUCCCGCCGCCGUCCUCUCACUUCCAGCCUCCGCUGGCCCCGCCCAGCACCAACAUCAACAACAACAUCAACAUAAACAUCAGCAGCGGCGGCGCCGCCAGCAGGAAGCAGCACUGCCCCCACUGCGGCCGCCACUUCCGCUCGCUGGCGCGGCACCUCGAGAAGCACCACGAGCACCAGCCGGAAAUACGUCACGCCAUGGAACUGUCGCACGCGCCGCGCGGCACACACACCUCCAACUCCACACACACGCACAGCGCACACUCGUUCACCUCGCCGCAGCCUUCGUCCUCGUCCUCUUCCUCGGCCGUGCCCUCUCUCUUCUCCCGAGACUCGUCCGGCUCCGCCCCGCCAGCCAUGUCCUUCUCCCUGUCCCUGUCCCCUCCCACGCUCCGCACGGCCUCCGAAAAGAGCCCCGCACCCCCCGUCGCCUCCCCCAGGAAGGCCGCGUCGUCCGCCCCGGCCGCUGCGAAGAAGUCUCCCGGCCCUCCGGCCAAAAGGGGGCGCCGGCCCAAGAGAGAGAAGGAAGAGAAGCCGAAGAAGCAGGAGGAACCGGAGCGAGGGAAAGAGGAAGCUCCGCCCACUCCCAAAGGGAACGAGGAGAAGGAGCGGGAGGAGGACGAGGAGCUGGAGGUGAAGGAAACCAAAGAGAACGAGAGCGGUGAGGACAAGAACGGAGCGAGCUCUCACGUGUCGCCGCUGCUCUCCUCUCUCUCCACUCUGGUUUUGUAUCUCCGGCGGCAGCAGCACUCGUCCUUCAUGUCCCUGUCUCGCUCCAGCGGCUCGGCCGAGUCCUGGCGCCUGCUGUGCCACUCCAGCCUGGCGCUGCUCAUCCUGUACAACCGGCAUCGCGAGUGCGAGAUGGCCAAGCUCACCAUCAGCGACUACCGCGCCCGCGUCGCCCCGUCCUCCAACUCUACCUCAUCCCUCGAGGCAUCCUUGUCGCCCUUCGAGCGGCAGGUGCUGUGCCACCGGCCCCGUGUGGGCGUUUUAGGGAAGCGAGGGCGCGUUCAGACCCUCAUUCUUCCCCCUCACUCGGAAUCCUGUCUGGAUCUGCUCCUGAAAACCUCCUCGGACGUGAACGUGGAUCCCGAGAGCCCGUUCGUCUUCUCUCGACCGUAUCAUUCCCCCGCCACGCCGCUGCGGGGCACCGACCUGCUGAGAGGACUGGCGCGUUCCAGCGGGGCCAAGAACCCCACGGCUCUGACCUCGCCCCGCAACCGGAGACAAGUGGCCAUUCUCACCCAGCUCCUGCUGAUGGACGAGGACGAGCGGGUGCGGCUGGAGCGCUUCCUGCACAGCGAGACCCGGCGCUGA